GCUAGUCGUCCUUGUGCAUCCCGUUUCGGUGCAAGCAAAGCGAAGCGAGCUCGGUGUUGCAAGCAAACAGGCAGCUGCCAGGGAGCCGGAAGUUGGUGCUGGUUGGAAGGUGGCUGCAGCCGGGAAAGGGUGGGCCCAGUGGUAGUGAAUGCCGUUGACGGUUACAAGUGUGUGCCCCCUGCUUACGUGCAAAGUACGCAGUGGUGUGGUUGUGAAAAUAAAACAAAAGCACUAAGGCCAAGUUGGGUGGGUUUGGUAGUUCAAAAUUACCUCCGGACACGUGGACGGUGUACAGUUUUUUUGUACAUAAAUCAGUAUGUAGCGGUGCAAAAUGACUGCUGAACGAUACGCUUGCAGCAGUGGAUGAGUUGAGUGGUUUUGGGGGCAAAAAGUGCAGCAAACUAGAACAUGAUCACAUUUGAGGUGUAAAGCUACGUUUUCAAAGGGAAGGAAGCGUUUGGUAAAACGAUCAACAGACAACAGGGCGGCCAAAUUGUUGCAGUGAAGUUUCAAAAGGAGCCGAUAUCUAUACCCAACUGUUAGUAGAGAGAGAGUGAGUGAGACGGUGCACCCGUUGCGGUAAGCAAGCUGGAUGUUCGAGCUAGAUGAUCCACGGGAGAAGCUGAGACUGCUGGAAACGCCAGUGAAGUGCACGGACAGCAGCAAGUCCGGAUCAGAUUCCAUCGAAGGGGACGCCCUGAAGGAGCUGAACGGUGGAGCGGAAAACGGCGUCGGCGGUGAUAGUGAGGGAACCGCCCUGGCGAUGACCACCAUCGGCCAGAUCAAGGCGAAGGGCCGGCCGGGUCUGCUGCCACGGAAUGGGGCCGGCGGCGGUGGUGGUGGUGAGCUGGACGAUGGCGAGGAGCGCGAAACCUGGAGCGGGAAGGUGGACUUUCUGCUGUCCGUCAUCGGGUUCGCCGUCGAUCUGGCCAACGUGUGGCGCUUCCCGUACCUCUGCUACAAGAACGGUGGUGGUGCCUUCCUCAUACCGUACGGCAUAAUGCUGGUGGUGGGUGGCAUCCCCCUGUUCUACAUGGAGCUGGCGCUCGGCCAGUUCAACCGGAAGGGUGCCAUCACCUGCUGGGGCCGGCUGGUGCCACUGUUCAAGGGCAUCGGGUACGCGGUCGUGCUGAUUGCGUUCUACGUCGAUUUCUACUACAACGUGAUCAUCGCUUGGUCGUUGCGCUUCUUCUUCGCCUCCUUCACGGACAGCUUGCCGUGGACGCACUGCUCCAACGCCUGGAACACGGUCGAGUGUAAGCCGUUCGGGUACAUCAACAGCACGGCGGCGACGGUGGUGAAUCGGACCGGUGUGCUGGCGGCUAACGUUACCGGCACGGUUAGCACCAUCAACGAUACCAAGUUUGCAUCGGCCGCCUCCGAGUACUUCAACCGCUACAUUCUCGAGCUGGACAAGAGCGAAGGCAUUCACGAUCUCGGCGCGAUCAAGUGGGACAUGGCGCUCUGUCUGCUGGCCGUGUAUCUCAUCUGCUACUUUUCGCUCUGGAAGGGCAUCAGCACUUCGGGGAAGGUGGUCUGGUUUACGGCCCUGUUCCCGUACGCCGUGCUGCUGAUUCUGCUCGUCCGCGGCAUCACACUGCCCGGUUCGGCCGAGGGCAUUCUGUACUACCUGCGGCCCAACUUUGACGUCAUCUACAAUGCGGAAGUGUGGGUCGAUGCGGCGACGCAGGUGUUCUUCUCGCUCGGUCCUGGCUUUGGAGUGCUGCUGGCGUACGCUUCGUACAACAAGUAUCACAACAAUGUGUACAAGGACGCUCUGCUGACUAGUUUGAUCAACUCGGCCACCAGCUUCAUUGCUGGGUUUGUAAUCUUCUCCGUGCUUGGCUACAUGGCACACGCGAGCGGCCAAAGCAUCCAGGAUGUGGCAACCGAAGGGCCGGGACUUGUGUUUGUUGUGUACCCGGCAGCGAUCGCCACCAUGCCGGGCAGCAUCUUUUGGGCGUUGAUAUUCUUCAUGAUGCUGCUAACGCUUGGACUGGAUAGCUCGUUUGGCGGAUCAGAAGCGAUCAUCACAGCGUUGAGUGACGAAUUUCCCAAGAUCGGCCGCAAUCGAGAGAUCUUUGUGGCGGUCCUGUUCUCGCUGUACUUUGUCGUCGGGUUGGCUAGCUGUACGCAGGGUGGAUUCUACUUCUUCCAGCUGCUGGAUCGCUAUGCGGCUGGGUACUCCAUCCUUAUAGCUGUAUUUUUUGAAGCGAUCGCUGUGUCGUGGAUUUAUGGCACGGAGCGGUUCUGCAAUGACAUCAAGGACAUGAUUGGCUUUGCACCCGGCAUCUACUGGCGCGUUUGCUGGAAGUUUGUCGCACCACUGUUUCUGCUGUUCAUCAUCAUCUACGGGCUGAUCGGGCACGAGCCGCUCAGCUACGAGGACUACGUGUAUCCGUCCUGGGCCAACGUGCUUGGCUGGUGUAUAGCCGGAUCGUCCAUGAUCAUGAUACCGCUGAUGGCAAGCUACAAGCUGAUCGUGACGCCGGGAAGCUUGCGACAGCGCUUCAAGAUCCUGACCACGCCCUGGCGCGAUCAGCAAAUGGCCGUCAAUGGGGUUUCGAUCGAGCCGGCCCAAGUGCGCCUAACGCACUCCGACGAAGGAGAGGAGGUUUGAGUGCGCACCCGUUUCUAUGCACCACGGUUCAACAUUUACUUCGUGUGAAAGCGACGUUCAUCAUUCCCAUUGCGCUCCCAGUCCCCCUGUGUGUUUGUAUAUCCUUUCCGUUACGAAGUGUGUGCGUGGGCUAUAGUUUUCUGUUUUGACGUUGAACCCAGCAGCAGCCCUUCCAACCUUCCCCAGCUAUAGAUUGAUAAGUGUUAUCUGCUGCGUAAGGUAGAAAGAUAACGCCUAGGAUUAAGUAGAACGUACUCUUGUGCAAGAUGCUUUUUUGUAGUUUCCACCAAACUAUAGAGAAACACCAAGCAUAAUCGCUCCCAAAACCACAUCACAUCGCUCUCUCUCUCCCUCUCUUAAUUACUUGCUCUCUUUCGCUCGCACAUCGAGUGGAAACUACAACAUAAUGCUGUAUAGGAUAAUAUGAUACGGGGUAGUAAGACGGCUUACAUCCGCACCUAGAUUGCUGCACCUCCUGUACAUAAGCAGCAACUCUAAAGCACAUACACACACGUUGAAAUGCGGGACAAUUUGCAAAGACGGCAAAGAUCGGGAAGGUCAUCACUGUGGGGGGAACGGUUUGUACCUUCCAAACGGGAACGCCGGACACCCUUCUCACAGUUGGUUGACGCUUCUGAUUGACAUUUAGCUUUGAGCAAUCGUAUGUAAAUCGGCUUCUGUGCAUCUAUAUGCAUCAUUACGCCGGGGAAAAAAACUAUCUUCCUUUUUAUUAUGUAGAUUUUUCGUUGUAAAAAAUGCCGUUUUACACCAGUGAUUUGUUUGUUGUUCUCAUUUUUAAUAACAAUUUUAACUACAAUUGCUUAAAGUUUGUUGCAGCCACAAAGCAUCAUUGUUGAUUGAGAUUGAAUGCCAAACAUGUAUAAUCAUCUUUAUAUCAAGUUACACGAAUGAUAGAACAUUUAUAAACCGAAACUAUCUAAAAAGGACAGUCCGGUCCUCGACAGUACGAGCUCGGAGGCCAUUGAAGCGACCCCGCAGCAUACACUUUCUUGCCAACCAUUACUUGUAAACGCCUGUCGUUAGCGAUAAGAUUCAAAAUUAGAUAAAAAAAGCACGCACACUCGGCACGGGUAGCAAACCUCCCAAAAACGGGCAACGGUAGCUUCCACCUUCGAACUUGCGAGAUGAGCUUUCACACAGCCAUAAAGCUCAUCCUGCAUGCAGGUGGUUGAGCUUUUGUUCUUGUCGGACGGGGUUGCUACGCGGCGCUAGGGGUUGCAAUUUUAAAUUGACCGUUGGAUGUGGUUACUAGGGUGACCAGACGACAGUAACUGUCACUUAAAGAAAGAGCUUAGUCGGAAGUAGAUAAACACGGGGCAAGAGUAACGCGCAAGCUUUCCAAAAAGCUUAGUAUAAGAAGAGUAAGCAAAUAGAAUUGUUCAGAUAUUCAAACAAACAAAAUAGGUAAAAGACAUCGCACAAUAAAACUGCUUUUUGCUGGAUAGCUUUUAACAUUCCUACGACCCCUACGAAGCAGUAUAGCCAUGUGUUAGCGAAGAAAAAAACAAACCACAAAAACACCAACGACUUAUUCGUGCUGUCCUUGCUAGUUCCCAGGCCGUGGGUAGGUUGGCGCACGCUCUCCCACACAGCCAUUGGGAAAGCGUGCCUGCAGGGUGGCCAGAUGUUUUCGGGCUCCAAUCUCCCGCGGACUGGGAAACAGAACCAGGGCACGAGGUACGAAAUGUGUUCCCCAUUUUUUGUGAGCGCUUGAGCUUAAAAAUGAAAUUUAAAACAAGCAAAACAGUCACAACGAACAGUCGCAUAGGAAAAGAGAAGAGAGUGAAAAAACAAAACGUAAUUGUAGCGUCGUAGGACAGGAUGACAGGACGAAUCGAAUUUAGUAUUACCAUCUCUCCGCUACCACCCCCCGUUUGCCUGGACUCUUUAGCUGGGCAAAUGGUUUUUUAUUUGAUAAGCUUUAACAAACAAAGCCAAGCAAACAGGAAUCCAACUGUACAUGAGUGAAAUAGUUUAAGGGAUAGUGGGGCGGUGGAUUAAAACGAAAAAGCAAAAGCUUGAGUGAGAUCAGCAAACAAAAAAGGGGGUGAAAAGGAACAAAUGCGACAUCGUUUCCACGUUAUAUUCUGCUUGCAUGUUACGGGCUCAUUGUGCUGCCGGGGCACAGUGCAGCAUAAAUUUAAUCUGUAAAUUAGUUAAUUCCGACGUUCCGCGCUCUGCUCUGUAGCAGAGUGGUGUGUUUUUUUUUAAUUUUAUUACAAAUUACUCCUUUCCAUCCCCCAUACGACUUCCCGCCACUGCGGCCAAUUGGUUAAUCAGAAUCGUUUGAGUUCAAUCAAUAAAAUUUUAUUUGACAGUAACUUGA